CCGAGAUCCUCGGCAGGGCCCGGGGGAGCGCCGUGGGCCCGGCCUGGUGGGGUCGCGAUCCUCGGCAGGGCCCGGGGGAGCGCCGCCUCCGGGUGUGUGGUGGCCGUAGCGCGGCAGAGGCUUCCAGGCGGGAGCUGGGGAAAGUCAUCCGGAGUCUGCCGGGACUCAAAACUCACUGGAAAACGGUGUUAAUGGCUGCAGCUCCCUGCCCUGCUGAAGCAUCGUCUGUUUAAAGAGCUCUUUUGCAGUUAUUUGGUAAACAAUGAAGGUCCUGUUGCUGAAGGAUCCGAAAGACAAAGAUUCAGGACCAGAUCCGUAUAUUAAAGAAUUAGGAUUAUAUGGAUUUGAAGCAACUUUGAUUCCAGUUUUGUCGUUUGAAUUCAUAUCUCUUGAAAGCUUAUUUGAAAAGCUGUCUCAUCCAGAAUGUUAUGGAGGCCUAGUUUUCACCAGUCCAAGAGCGUUAGAAGCUAUCAAGAUAUGUUUAAAAGAGAACAGCAAAAAUGAAGCCUGGUUAAAAUCUCUUAAACAAAGAUGGAAUACCAAACCAGCAUACGUGGUAGGAAAAGCUACGGCUUCUCUAGUGGAAGAAAUUGGUCUUAUUCCACAAGGAGAUAAGUCUGGAAAUGCUGAAAAAUUAGCUGAAUAUAUUUGCUCAAGAGAGAAACCCAGUUCCUCAGCUCUUCUUUUUCCUUGCGGAGCCCUGAAAAGAGAAGUCCUUCCUACAGCGCUUCGAGAAAAAGGAAUUCCUCUGGAAAGCCUUACCGUUUAUCAAACAACCCAACACAGUGACCUGCAAGAGGCAUUGAGCCGUUAUUUCUCACAACAGGGAAUUCCGGCAAGCGUCGUGUUCUUCAGUCCGUCCGGUGUCAAAUUUUGCCUUCAGCACAUUCAGAAGCUUUCGGGGGAUUUUAUCAACCAUAUCAAGUUUGCGGCUAUCGGCCCAACAACGGCGGAAGCCAUGGAGGCAGCAGGGAUCCCGGUUUGCUGCACCGCAGAGAGUCCCACUCCCCAGGACCUCGCUGCCGGCAUCCAGAAAGCUCUUCGCCUACAGAACUGCUGUCUGUCCAAGUAAGAGCACGGCCUGCGUCUGAAGGCAAAUUCGGUGCGGCAGAAGGUUUUCCCGUUUUGCAGACCUGUUGUCCUGCAAGAAAGUGUUUUUCAGGAAUACGCAGCACUUCCCUUGUCAGGGCCUGGUGGGAGAAGUUUGCAUCUAAAUAGCUGAGCAAUCCAGAAGUUGUAAAGCAUCCGGCUGUUCCCUUUUCUCCUGUGUGCAGUGUAAAGAUUUCACGUGGGCGUUCCUUGAGAACUAGUUGCGCGAGGCCGAGCUGCAGCAGAGCAGUAUAUUGGAACAAGUUCAGUCCCUCACCUCAGCUAUCUCCUGGCACACAAGGUUUAAGGUUUUCAUUUCUCUGUAUAAUCGGUUUUCCGCGCACAUCUUCCUCCUGUGUAGGAGAAAGGCAUGCUUACAACGAAGUAUUCUCUGUUGUAAAGCUGACUCGUUCGUUCUGCUGUUUUUCAAAUAUUUAUAUUAAAAUGAUGAUUGUAGAUUCUCAAUGGAAUGGGACGAUUCUUGGGGUGACGUUACGCUGUGUGGAGCUAAGAGAGGUCAGCUAUCACCUCUCAAUAUACUUAUGGUACAGGGUCCUGAAAACUAGGUUUUGUUUUAUAUUCCUGUAAAGAAGGAAGAUUUAUUAACAGAGAAAUAAACUGGCGUAUCACAGUUAACAA